CCCCACUACCUUUGUAAGGGCGUUACCUUUUUUCUGUUUUUUCUUCGGCAUUUCUGUCAAAUUGUCUAUCAGCUGGGUUAAAAGUGAUUUUUCACGGUGCAAGUAUUGCGGAAAACAUGGGAUUAUUUGGGAAAUCGCCAGAGGUUAAUCCUAAAGACAAGGUAAAUGAAUGGUGCAGUAAACUUCGAAAGGAGAAUUCCCAGUUAGACAGACAAAUCCGUGGUAUUCAAAGAGAAGAGGAAAAGGUGAAGAGGAGUAUGAAGGAAGCUGCCAAAAAAGGAGACAGAGAUGUUUGUAUCAUUCUGGCUAAAGAAAUAAUCCAUUCAAGAAAGGCCAUUUCAAAAAUCUAUACAUCCAAAGCCCACAUAAACUCCAUAUCAAUGCAAAUGAAAAAUCAAUUAGCUACUCUGCGAAUUGCUGGAGCACUUCAGAGAUCAACAGAAGUAAUGAAAGCUAUGCAGCAACUAAUUAAAAUACCUGAAGUUGCAGCAACUAUGAGAGAUCUUUCAAAGGAGAUGAUGAAGGCUGGAAUCAUUGAAGAAAUGUUAGAAGAUACACUAGAGGGUCUUGAGGAUACUGAUGAAUUAGAAGAAGCAGCCCAGCAAGAAGUGGACAAGGUAUUGUGGGAGAUAACGGCUGGACAAUUAGGAAAAGCCCCGGCCGCUGUUACCGACUCUCUUCCUGUACCCGAGUCGGUGGCAGACGAUGAAGAAGAUUUAGAAGAGAUGCAGUCCCGUUUACAGGCUCUGAAAAGCUGAAGACUUUAUCAACUUUUUUUUAUUCGUUGCAUCGUUUAAGGGUUUUAAGCUAAUCGUAUUCAAAUAAUACUAAUUCUUUUGCAUUACGGGGGGUGAAAGUAACUUACGGCAAUUGGCACCAGAGCGCCAAAUUACAUUGUACAUACUCUAUAUACUCUUAAGGUAACCUAACAUCUUUCUACAAAGAAUAACUAAUUAACUACAUACACUUGUUUAAAAUUAUCAGCCACAGGCUAAAUAAAGUCAUUAAAUGUAGGAACACUUAAUAAACACCGUAGAUAAAACUA